GCUUGGUGACCUAGCCUACUCACCUUGGCCGGCGAACGCGCCAAGUGUCACUAGCUAAGAUGUCUUUCGAAGUUUUUGCGUUUAUUUUGGCGAUUCUGAUCAGCAUAGCUUUGAUAUUUUUCGCAAUUUGGAACAUCAUAGCGUUUGACGACCUUAAAACUGACUACAAGAAUCCUGUGGAUCUUUGCAAUAAUUUAAAUCCGCUUGUACUUCCUGAAUACGGAGUCCACUUGUUUGUCAGUCUUCUUCUUCUUGUUGGUGGUCAGUGGACAGCUUUCUUGUUCAAUCUUCCCCUUAUAGUUUAUAAUAUCCACAGAUAUGCUAACAGGCCAGUUAUGAGUGUUCCAGGCCUCUAUGACCCUACAGAGGUUAUGAAUGCUAGUGAAAUGUCUCGCUGUCAGAAGGAAGGGUGGAUUAAACUGGCAUUCUUUCUACUGUCUUUCUUCUAUUAUCUCUAUAGGAUGAUGUAUGCCUUGUUGGCCUGAUGGAGCAUUCAAAAGCCACAUUGUAGACUGAAAUUUUUUUCCUCUUCUUGACUGGGACUGUCAGUUGAGACAACUAGUGGUGUGGAUGAUGGCGGCAAGGAUUUUUUACCUCAAACUUGACCUUCUCUCAUACAUUGUGCUAGCUGUUGCAAACUGAAAUAUUGAAGCUGUAUGUAGUUAGCAGUUAUACUCAGUGGCUUGUAGUUCAUGAAAUUUUAGCUGUUCUAGCCACUAGGUUCCACAGACUGGUGAAAUGUUACCCUAGAACUACAUCUUGCAUUGGAAUAUGUAAGAUCCUGACAUUGUAACAGUUUUUACUGGGUUAAGCUAGUUACCAUGUUUAUGGCACAAAAGCCAGAGUUAGAAAUAUUCCGUCCAAGAGCAUCUGAGGAGGGGCUUCAUGUACAUUUAUUUCUCUAAAAUGUGAAUAUGGUAGUCAGGGACUACCCCAUUGCUGAGUCCAUGAUGGAUGGUAGAUAUGUUUUUUUUUUUUUUUAGUAGAGUUGCACAUGAUAUACAGAUGAGAUAUAUAGAUAUCUUCAGUAUGAAAAAACUUUCUUUUACUCGGAUCAAACCUUGAACCCCCAAAACUGGUCAACAAAAAUACCUCUCAGAUAUUCAUGGAGUUUCAUUUAGCAGACAGAUGACAAGAUUAAAGAAAACUAGUUCUGAUCAGUUAUAUUCAGACAUUGUGGGUUUAAGUUUCCACUGGCUACUGUUGUGUACUUUACUUAUUGAUCACCAGUUUGUUAAUAAGCUAUUUUCCCGAUCCACAGGGCCUCUGUUUUCAAAGUAGAGUUGGUGCAAAGCUUUGAUUUGACAAUUAUGCAAACAUAACUGAUUUUAUGAAGAAAGGCCCUGCACUUAACCCAUUUUAAAAGUGUGGGUUUUAAAAACUUGAAAAUGGUUUAUUGAAUUCUUGGUUGUAAGGUGACUUGUUGGUCACUGUCUUGUAGCAUUCUUUCAUCAGUGCACUCUAUCCUGAAGAGAUUAAGCCAUGAGAUGUAAAUAAAUCAUCCUAGCCAAUGGUAGCCAUCUUAUCUUUCCUCAUGCCAUCUUACAGGCUGGGGCCCCAAACUACCCAUGUUUUCUGCAGCACUAAAAAACUGGGAGUAUGUAUAUUUCUGGACUGGGUGCUAAACCUCAGCAAGUA